AUGGAGACAAACAGCCAAGAGGGGGGAUCUCCUAGCCGGACCUCUCAACUCUUAAUGCAGAUGAUAACACAAUUGUCCGAACAAGCUGCAGCAACUCAGCAGGCUUUCCAACGAACCAUUGAGACUUUACAAACCGAACGACAGUCUGACCGCGCCGAAAGGAAUAACGAUCGUGAAGAGAUGAGAGCUCAAAUACGCGCGCUACAGUCCGCUAUAGCGACUCCCCUUGAGGAUAUCGCCAACCCGGCGCCUCAAAGGGCAAACUCUAUACCACCUGUGCUUAAUAUCACAUCGCCGCCGAACAUUAUUUCUUACGAACAAGCCCAAGACAGCAUAAUAGCCCGACAGAAACCAUCUCUACCUAACCCACCAAAGUUUGACGGCACCAGGAAGAACUUCCGUCCUUGGUACCUAGAAAUGCGCGCUAAACUAAUAGCGGAUCGCUUAACCUUUCGCAAUGAGCAAGAAGUAUUCUCAUAUAUCUAUGCCCGACUAGAAGGUACUGCUCAGAACAUGUCUGCAGCUUACUUCGAGCAAGGUGGCCCAGACGGCUCCCAAUCGCCAGACUGCUUUCUAGACUACCUUAACCGCCGUUAUGGCGACCCUAAUGCUAAGAGACGAGCACUUGACCGAUUACGAGCCUUACGACAGCGUCCAGAAGAAAGCUUUGCAACCUUUUUCCCGAAAUUCGAGAAAGAAUUAGCGGAUAGUGGAGGGGGCAGUUGGGAAGACGCAGUACAGAUUAACUAUCUUGAAGGAGCACUUAACUACACACUCCGCGAUAGACUAAUUAGCGUUACUGUAAUACCAACUACCUUUAACGAAUAUGCCGAGCUACUCCUUACUAUUAGCUCUCGCUUGGACAGCCGGGACUACCUCCCGCAAAACCGCCACCAGAAGCUAACAGGUCCGCAGAAGGGCGCAGUGUUGCCCCCAAAGCAAAGCAGGGAAUCGGCCUGUGGCGAAGACACAGACCAAAUGGACUGGGAAACAACUAAGGCUAGUAGGGCUCUUAGUAAGAAGUCACCGCGGAGAGAUACAGACCGCAGACUUCUCAACAAGCACCCCUAA